AUGCCAGAAAAUAAAACACAAGCAUCCCACCUCUGCGUGUUGGUCCACGGACUCUGGGGAAAGCCUUCACACCUCGACUACGUCGCAUCCGUGCUACGAGACAAAUAUGACGAGCAGCUUUUUAUCCUCAGCCCGAAAGCCAAUAGCGGAAACUAUACCUACGACGGAAUCGAGCUUGGAGGAGAACGAUUAGUGCAUGAGAUCGAGGAAACACUCGAGUCUCUAGCUGAGAAGGGUCAGAAGAUUACCAAGAUUAGUAUUGUUGGAUAUUCUCUUGGUGGUUUGCUUUCGCGCUAUGCGAUCGGCUUAUUGAAUGAACGAGGGUGGUUCGACAAACUGGAACCUAUGAACUUUACAACUUUUGCUACGCCGCAUGUUGGUGUGCGGGCACCGUUAAAGGGGUGGAAGGAUAAUAUUUUCAAUACUCUUGGCGCGAGGACUAUCUCGCAGUCUGGUCGGCAGAUGUUUCUCAUUGAUUCAUUCCGCGAUACUGGGCGGCCGCUUCUGGGCGUCAUGGCUGAUUCGGAGAGUAUCUUUAUAAAAGGGUUGAAGAGGUUUCAACAGAGGAGUAUCUAUGCGAAUAUUGUGAAUGAUCGCUCAGUUCUCUUCUAUACAUCUGCUAUCUCCAAGGUGGAUCCUUUCCAUGAUUUGGAAAAAGUGAAUAUCAACUAUGUCGAGGGUUACGAGGAUGUUAUUAUCGACCCUGACACAUAUGUGCUACCUCAUAUACAGGGCAAGACUGGCCCCUUCGCUGCGCGAUUCUGGAAAAAGUGCAAAUCAAUCGCUAUCUGGAUCCCACUGUCAUUACUACUCGCUAUACUUCUGCCGCUAGCCGGCUUAAUCUUCCUGAUUAAUGCUGGGAUCCAGACGUGUCGCAGCUCAAGGCGCAUUCGUAUGCACGAAGCUGGAGAAAGAGGUGUUCUCUUUGGAAAAUAUAGAGUACCUGUGUUGGUUCAAGAUGUUCAGCAUGUUGUGGAGCAGGUCUUCGAGAACGUCAAUGCUAGCCAGGAACCAAAUUAUCUGUCAAACAGCGAUACUGAGGCUUCUGACUCGGGACCUGAGAAGGCAGGUCGAUCCCAUACCCCAAACUUUGCAGGAGAUGAUACACAGGCCGAAUCCUCGUCCACUAGAAGGCACUCGUCGACAGCGCCACACUCUCCGAAGCUUGCCUUGACACCGGACCAAUUCAGAAUGAUCGACUCGCUCAACGAGGUUGGUAUCAAAAAGUUCCCCGUUCAUAUCCAAAAGAAACGGCAUAGUCAUGCUGCUAUCAUCGUCCGAAGCACCAAGCCUGGACUGGCGGAAGGCAAACUGGUCAUGAAACACUGGUUGGAUAAUGAGUUCAUUGUAUAA